AUGGAACUCAUUGUGUCCCCUCUUAUCACAAAAACUCUUGAAAAACUCUCUAAUUCUGAACUAAAUCAUGAAAUACGAAAAAUAGCAAUUGGAGAAUGGGGUGGCAAACUCGGAAAAUUAUAUAGAGAACUAUACGGUUGGGGUUCUAGGAAUCUUAGAAAAGUUGUAACCGAUAGUGGUUUUGACGAAGAAAGCUGGGAUGAAACAGUUGAGAUCUGUUUAAAACAAUUAAAUGAUCGAAAGGCUUAUGAUGAGAUUCAUAGAAUCUGGAUCGUAAAAUCUUUAGAAAAUGAAGAAUAA